CGUGCCAAUUUGGCUCGUUUUGCUCGCUCAUUCGUAAAUCUAAACAAAUCAUCAAUUUUCACAAAUUAUACGCGCGCCCCUCAAAGUGGCGCUGGCUCGAGCUCCUGCCAUAUCCUUGUUAUCGUUUGUCCUUGAGCCUAAUUGCUUUCGUUUCAUUCGCUGCGCUUCCUGUUGUCAUCCACACCGUUUGUUCAUUUUACAUUUCAUUAAUUAAAGCCAAUGGCCGUCGAACUUUGACAUAUUGAGCUUAGCCCCUCUCCCCCUUAAGUGUUCCGUAUUCCCUGCUUCGUCAGCUGAAGAUUCUCUCCGACAAUUGUUAUCUGUGCGGGGCACUCGAGGCAGCACUUAAAUAGCCCAUCGAAUCUUUUUAAAUUGAUAUAGAAUUUUAUCAAUAUUCGUGUUGAUGAUUUGGGAAAUAUUUUUAAUUAAUUUGCCAAAUGCCAUUAGAUAAUGUUAAGUUAUAUUCGGUGGUGGUCAAGCCUAUUUAAGUUUGGGUCUCAUCCCAUGUUUUGGUUAUACGCAAAAUGAAGUGCCUCAGUCUCCUAUUGCUAGUCGCUGCUCAAGCGGCCUGGGCUCGCGUGCCCUACCAGCCCCUGCCCGACAUUGAGGUGCCGCCCGUUCUCGAGGAUGAGAUCUACGAGCGUGCCAUUUAUGUCGAGCCUUUGCCAGAAAGCCGUGCUGCCGGCUGCAGUGUGACCAUCCGCGGCGGUCUGCCCAAGCCAGAGCCAGUUUACCUGGAAACCAACUCGGAGAACCUGUAUCCCUUCAACCAUUUGGGCGUCAUGGAGGUGGAGAACGGCAAGACCUUGCAGCUGUGGUGCCCCAGCGGCUUUGGCACUCACUCCGACAGCCUGUUGACUGCCACCUGCGUGAGCGGCACCACCUUCAAGGUGGAUGGCACGGAAUACGAAUUCAAGGAUCUCUACUGCAACUCAUGGCCUGGCUUUAAGGCGGUGAAGUCUGGCGCCACGUGCAAUGGUGGCGUGGUCAUUCGCGUGGGCUUUGAGAUAUCCUCGUCGCGUUUCGCCGAGCAAAUGCAGGUGUGCUUCAACGAGGAGGAGGAGGUGACCCGCUACACGCGUCACCAGCUGUACCCGGGCAGCAACUACUAUGAGACGGGCGUGGACCGCAUUACCUUCCAAACGGCGGGCUACUUCAAUGGCAAGAACGUGGACAAGCUCUACACUCAGGCCACACAGCUGGAGACCAUCAACAAGGAUUUGGGCGGCGAUGCGGAUAAGUAUUUCGAUUCGGCCUCAAACGUUUACCUGGCACGUGGUCAUCUCGGCGCCAAGGCCGACUUCGACUAUGCGCCCGAGCAGCGCGCCACCUUCCUGUUCAUCAAUGCCGCACCCCAAUGGCAGGUCUUCAAUGCCGGCAACUGGGCACGUGUCGAGGACGGAGUUAGGGCUUGGGUAUCAAAGAACCAAUUAAAUGUCAACUGUUACACAGGCGUCUAUGGCGUCACCACGCUGCCCAACAAAGAUGGUGUCCAGACUCCACUCUACUUGGCCCGCGAUGGCAACAACAAUGGCCUGAUUCCCGUGCCCAAGCUCUACUUCCGUGUGGUCAUCGAGCCCGCAACGCAUCGCGGCAUCGUUUUCGUCGGCGUCAACAAUCCCCAUUUAACCGAGGAGGAGAUCAAGAAAGACUACGUGAUUUGCAACGAUGUCAGCGACCAGGUCACCUACAUCAACUGGAAGAAGACGGACAUCAAGGCUGGCUGGUCCUAUGCUUGCGAGGUUGCCGACUUCCUCAAGACCGUCAAGCAUUUGCCCGCUCUGACGGCCAAGGGUGGUCUACUAGUCUAGGCUGUUCCAAUAAAGACAACUGCUUAAUCGAA